AUGGCUACCACACAGAAUGCCGCAGGUCAUGAGGGAGGUCUCAAAAUCGCCGCAGUCAACGUUCCUAGCACAGAUCAGAAUGAAAGACGAACCAGAGACGGAAGAUGGACGUUGCGCCAGUUGAGACAGACAGAUGCCAUCGUUCCACUGCAGAGCGGUACCAAUCAAUUCGAUUCGCAGAGGGGUAAAACUGGCUUUGGAAUGCCGCGAAACACUCAGACGGCCGUCGAAUUCGCUGACAACGGAAAACGCUGGGCAAUCGAACAGCUGCGAGCCAGUGACGCCAUCGUUCGGCUUCAAUCCGGCACCAAUCAGUUUGAAAGUCAAAAGGGAAUGACCGGUUUUGGAAUGCCACGUGACGUCAAAGGGAAACAUCUGAAACGAAUUUGGGAGCUGGAAUUUCCGGAAGAGGCGAUCAGCGAUCAAGCUCCCACGCAGAAUUCCACCCCAGUGAAUGCACAACAGAAGUGA